AUGGAGAAGGAGAACAGCGUGUUCCUGCCUUUUGAAUUGAUCAUCGAAAUUCUGUUGAGGUUACCGGUGAAGCCUCUAUUGCGUUUCAGAUGUGUCUGCAAAUCAUGGCUUUCUCUAAUUUCUAGUAAUAAUUUUGCUACUUCACAUUUUGAACAUACUGCCACACACAGACGUCUCCUCAUAAAACGUUCUGCUCUUCAACCUUUAUCUAUAGAGCUUGAUUCAUCGCUCCAUGAUGCUUCUGCAUCUGCUUCAUUAAGCCUUGAUUUUAUUCGUUCCCAACGUUGUGUUGAAGUUAGAGGUUGUUUUAGAGGGUUUCUGUGUUUCUACAAUGGCACACACAUCUAUCUAUUGAAUCCAUCCACCAGUUUGAUCAAACAAAUACCGGAUUCUCCUAUAAUACUUAAUCAUCAUUACGAACUUCUUUCUGGUUUUGCAUAUUACCAGCCCACUGAUGAUUACUUGAUAGUUUAUGGGUUCGGCGAAGAUGAUGAUGCGCCGGAAAUGACGAUAUCAGAGAUAGCUCUGCCAGAUGAUUUUAUUUUCAGUUAUAGUAAUAAUUAUUCUAUAUAUUAUGCUUUGUUGGAAGUUGGAGGACUUAUCGGUGCAUGGGUGAAGGACCUGAAUACAGUGAAGAUAUGGGUGAUGCAAAAAUAUAGAGUUCACUCAUCUUGGACUAAGAUUAUUAUAUUUUCUGUUGAUCCUGAUUUGCACAAAUCUUUAGACAUAGUAUGCUUAACAAAGUGCGGUGAUAUUGUUGGAAUAAAUGAUGUAGUUGGAUUGGUGAAGUUGAAUGAUAAAGGACAGCUACUAGAGUCUCUGCUUUUUGACGGAUACGCAUUGGUCGUGUAUACAGAGUCUCUAUUUUCACUCCCUAGCACUGGUCAAACUUAG